GUUCUGCAGACCUUCCGGUUACAAAGUUGUAACCAAAAGACUGUUUUAACCUGUUUGAACUUUGUUUAUACAGUUGACAGAGUCGUAGAAGAUGUUCGACAAAAGUAAGAAUUUCUACCUCAAGGGUGAUCUUCAGUUUAACGACAGGCAGAAGAACGUUUUCGAAGAGUUGGACAGGAUGAGCUCCAAGCAGCCCGAAAACAGGGUUACCGAGGAUGAGGUGAAGUUCAAAUCUAGGAAGCUGACAGUCGAUCCGUCAAGGAAAGAGCUGAAGUCUUUCGUCGGAAAGGAGUCCAUUUUUAAACGUCCCGACAUACCUCUUCAGAAGAGGAGCACCAAGCUCAACCUGCCCGAUUUCGUCAAGAAUCCUCACAAGUGGAAGAGGUACAAGCUCGACGACGAGGAGAUGUCGGACAAGAGCAACCGGGCGGUGGCCAUGGCUUUCCUCGAAGAGAUUCGCCAGCGCAAGAUGGAUACGGACGGAGAGCCUCCGCCUCCCGACAAGAUCAAGUUCAACCGCAACUUCAAGGAGAAGGACGGAGAAGAGCUCGCACAGGUCGACUUCUCCGAGAAGCCUUCGUUCGUCAACGGCAAGCUCACCAUGCCCGAAUACGUCAUCGGGCAAAAGAUCAAGAAAGCUAAGAACGUCGACAAACCGAGGCCGAAAGCCACACAGUCUUGCGUCAAACUUGACCACCUGACUGAAGAAGAAUUUGAAUAAAUUUAUUGUACACCAUGUA